AUGGGCUCAAACGUAGCAUCAAAGCGCCUGUUCCAGGAGUACAAGUCACUCCUAACGAACCCGGUAGAUGGAAUUUCCGCAGGACCUCUGAACGAGGAUGACCUCUUCAUUUGGGAGGCUUUGAUUCAGGGACCGGAAGGAACCCCCUACGAGGGCGGUAUCUUCCCUGCAGAACUCAGGUUCCCCAGGGAUUACCCCCUCAACCCUCCCAAGAUGAAGUUCCUAGGUGAAAUCUGGCAUCCGAACGUAUACACCAACGGCGAAGUCUGCAUAUCCAUUCUGCACCCGCCCGGAGACGACCCAAAUCACUAUGAGAGCGCUUCUGAGCGAUGGUCACCUAUUCAAAGUGUGGAGAAAAUCCUGAUAUCUGUCAUGUCCAUGUUGGCUGAGCCCAACGAUGAAAGUCCUGCGAACGUGGAGGCUGCGAAGAUGUGGAGAGAAAGACGGUCAGACUUUGAGAAGAAGGUCCGAGAAGGAGUCAGACGGUCACUGGGUCUAUGA